AUCUGUAACCUACGAUCUAAAUCGUUAAGGUGUAUGAUCUAGAUUUGACAUCAUGUUACUUCUACGGUAUCUAACAUCUGUGUUCACGUUGGUCGACACCUUCAGAUUUUCAUGUGUUUUCACCGCAGUGCUGCUCUUGACUCGAUAUGUUUUGCGAUCCAAGAAACAAACGUUACGUCUUCCGCCGGGCCCUAAAGGCUUACCCGUUGUAGGCAAUAUACUUCAGCUUGGUCCCAACCCACACUUAACUAUGACGAACUUUGCGAAAAAGUUCGGCGCUGUUUAUCGCCUAAAAUUGGGGUCUAGAAUGGUAAUUGUUGUAAAUGGAGUGGAUGCUAUUAAACAAGCUUUACUCCGUCAGCCAAUGGACUUUGUAUCCCGACCUGAAAUGCAUACUACGCAAUAUGUCUGCAGAGGACAUAGCAUUGUAUUUGGUGCAAUGCCCGUAGAUGAACAUAGAAGAUAUAGAAAAUUAAUCGUGGAUGCUCUUGGUACUUACGCGUUGCGAAAAGUGAACAACGACCAAAAUAAUAACUCUCAAUCAGUGAAAGCCAGUCCAGUGGUAGAACGCAUUGUCACUGAGGAAGUCAGUGAUCUUGCUCAGAGAUUGCUGAAAAAUGAAUUAGAUAGUGGACAUGAAGUCCAUGGUGUCACUGAAGAUCGUAAAAACAUGACAGGAAUAUUCAACGAAAUAGCAUGGACGACGAGCAAUAUUAUGAGUGCAUUUUUGUUCGGAGAAAGAUAUCAACCCGGGGACUCGCACAUUAAAUUCAUCAUCGACAAUAAUAAUGAUUUCUCCAGAAUACAAGCUAAUUCAUCUGCUGCUGACAUGAUGCCUUGGACCAGAUACGUUAUUCCGGGUUUAUUAACAAAAUUCAAGGCAGUGAUUAAAAAGUUUGAUGAUUUUAUGCAAGAACAUAUCAAAAAACAUGUGGAAAAUUUUGAUAACAUAUAUGAUUGGAAUAAAAACAACAAAACACCUGUAGAACCAAAGAAUGUAUUAGAUGGACUGAUUGCUACUGCAAGAUUAAACAGAGGAAAUCCAUUGUAUGAUGAAAAACACACAUUGAACACGAUAGUCGAUUUGAUGGGCGCUGGAUUUGACACAAUAUCAAAAUCAUUGAUGUGGAUUUUCGUCUAUUCUGCUGUAUUCAAAGACGCGCAGGAAAUCAUAAGACGUGAAAUUGAUACUUUUAUACAUAAAGAAGAUAGGCCGCCAAAAUAUGCCGACAGAAAUCAUUUUCCGUAUACGAACGCAUUCAUCCAUGAAGUACUACGUCAUUCGUCAUUUGUGCCAUUCACAAUUCCGCAUGCUGUGACCCGCGACAACGUUCGUCUUCUGGGUUACGAUAUGCCAAAAGGCACGAUUGUAUUCAUCAACCAAUGGUCCGUCAACUAUGAUGUAUCAGUGUGGAAAAGUCCAGAACAUUUCAGACCGGAACGUUUUCUCGAUGCAGACGGCAUGUUUCAACCAGAAGUUGGCGAUCGAGUUCUUUUGUUUGGAAUGGGGAGACGAGCUUGUCCAGGGAAAGUUCUAGCAAAGCUGGAAAUGUUUCUUUACAUCACGCAGAUUCUUCGCGUGUGCAAUCUUUCUAUGCAUCCAGACCAUCCUGGUCUUCCAAAAACUGAAUACGGGCUCACUAUGAGACCUGAAACAGGAAAAAUGAUGGUGGAACCACGAUGAUAAAGAAACCUUCAGAAGAAUUUUUAUUGUGACAUUAGCUGUAUGCUGAUUAUAAAGACGACACUGUUGAUUCAUAACAGCAUGUCAAUAAACUUAGACUAUGAGAGGAAACUCUAACUCUGUUAAAACAUAUUUUAGCAAGAUGUAUGAUAUUUAUUUAGCAUUUUGAAUCAACGAUGAGGUAAUUCUUCGACUAGAUCAAAUCGGUGAAAGGCCAAAUUGAGAUUUGGUAUCAAAUACACGAGCUCAAUUUCCAAUACCGGAUUGACUAUGGCUAAAUCAGUGUGGUGUCGACCAAACCUAACCUAACCCAAGCUAAGGCGGCCGUAAGAACAAAUAUAUUAGGUCACCCGGAGCUCGCCCUAUGUCAUCAGAGUCAAUUCGUGUAUGUCCCAAACGUGCAACAAACCAAAUCAUUAAUAAAGUUUAUAGUGUCCUUCCCUUUAAUCUACAUUUUGGAACUCUUCGCUUUCCUUUGCAAGUUCGACUGUUAAGUUUAUGUCAUAUCACAUGUUUAUCUUUGUUACUGCUGAUGUACAAAUUACUGAGCUAAAAUUUAUGUAAAAUUGUAAAGUCUCAAUAGGAAAUGAUAUUUCAAGUUAUAUAUAGAACAUGAGAGCGAAAUUUACUUCAGUUUAAUAUCAGAGAAGAAUUUAACACGUUUUGAUAAAUUUUUUUGCUGUGCCAAUGUUAUGAUGAAUGAACAAAUAUUUCGGACUAUUUUUUACGUAAGAAUGCGUCGACUUAUGUCUAUUUUAUUUGCAUUAUGUAUGUUCAGAAAUAGAUCAUAAUUUU